UCUGAGUCACCUACAAGCCCAACGGCUGUAAGGCAGAAGGGUUUACAGCCAUUGUACAAGGAGUUGGGGGCCAAGACCAGAUUAGGGCAGCAGCCUAGGUUUUGGGAUGGAGCCAGAACCGAAAGAUCGGAGCAAGAGCAGAAAGGCAGCACGGAUGCGUUUUGGCCCUCAGAGGUCCCCGUAGCCCCCAAAGCUUUGGGGCUCCCGCGGCACCGCGGUACUCCUAGCCCGCCCAGAAACAGGUUCGUCCCGCCCCAUGUGGAGCCCCGCCUCUGGGCGGUGCUGCUCGAGGAUUCCCACUGCGGUUCUUGGUCCGGUCUCCCAAUGGCGCAUUACGGGGAGGUGAGUGUAUCCGGCUUCGAGGACUUUAGCCGGGCUGUGGAGCAGCACAAAGGCAAGACCAUUUUCGCCUACUUCACCGGUUCUAAGGACGCCGAAGGGAAAAGCUGGUGCCCCGACUGCGUGCAGGCUGAACCAGUCGUACGAGAGGGGCUGAAGCAUAUUUGUGAAGGAUGUGUGUUCAUCUACUGCCAAGUGGGAGAUAAACCUUAUUGGAAAGAUCCAAAUAAUGACUUCAGAAAAAAACUGAAAGUAACUGCAGUGCCUACACUACUUAAAUAUGGAACACCUCAAAAACUGGUAGAAUCUGAAUGUCUUCAGGCCAACCUCGUGGAGAUGUUGUUCUCUGAAGACUAGUAUUUUAUGACGACAGUUGUGUCUUCUGAUGUCCUGAUUUGCAUAUUUGCUUUGAAUUCAUGUUAGCCAUAAAUAAAUAAUGAUGAUGACAUAAAAA